AUGAGGGUCAGUGCCUCACAUUUCUUUCUCGCCUUCUACGUCCUUCUACGCCCUCACUGCGUGCGCGGAGGCCGCCAAACCCAACAAUGCGCCAUAGACCCAGAGUCGAUCGUUACAGACGCAUGUACCUCGUAUUCAGAUCUUGAGCGGCUGAACGCCGACCUCUCGCCUUCGUUAGACGAUCUGACGCAAAAGACCGACUUCUUCGCCUACUACCGACUGAACCUCUACAACAAAGUGUGCCCCUUCUGGAACGAUGAGAAUUCCAUGUGUGGGAACCGCGCGUGUGCGGUCGAGACGAUUGAAGACGAGAGUGAUAUCCCGUCAAUCUGGCGGGCGGAAGAGUUGAGCAAACUCGAGGGCGCCAGGGCGAAACACCCGGGCCUCGCCCAGCAACGCGAACGGCCGAAGGACCGACCGCUGCAAUACCAACUGGGCGAGAAUGUGGACGAGAGCUGUGUGCUCGAAGACGACGACGAGUGUGAUCAGAGAGACUACUGUGUGCCCGAGGACGAGGGCGCAGCCGCGAAGGGAGACUACGUCAGUCUGGUGAACAACACGGAACGAUACACCGGAUACUCCGGCCUGGGGGCUAAGCAAGUCUGGGACGCCAUCUACAAGGAGAACUGCUUCACACCGCAACCGGCGAGACAUGCCUCCCUGAAGCCCAAGCCCCAACAAGCGGCGGCGAGUCUGAAGAACAUAUUCCAAGAGUACGGACGGCAGCACGUGGACGACUCGGACGACCAGUACCCUCUUGACGACGAGUGUCUGGAACAGCGAGCCUUCUACCGAAUAGUGAGCGGUAUGCACGCCUCCAUCUCCGCCCACAUCUGCUGGGAUUAUUUCAACCAGACGACGGGAGAGUGGGUGCGCAACCUCGAGUGCUACAAGGAACGCCUGCACAAGCACCCCGAGCGCAUCUCGAACCUGUACUUCAACUACGCCAUCCUCACGCGCGCGAUUGCCAAGUUGCGCAAACACCUCGAGUCGUACACGUUCUGUUCCGGCGACACGCAACAAGACUUCCAGACCAAGCAAAAAGUGCUGGAACUGGCGGACCGAGCAGCGGCGGGUCCGCACACCUUUGACGAGUCCGUCAUGUUUCAGGAUCCCUCGGUCAUGGAUCUCAAGGACGACUUCCGCAACCGGUUCCGCAACGUGUCGAGACUGAUGGACUGCGUGGGCUGCGACAAAUGCCGGCUCUGGGGAAAAGUGCAGACGGCGGGAUACGGCGCUGCGCUCAAAGUGCUGUUCGAAUACGACGAGACCAAGAAUGGCGAAAACCCUCACCUCAGACGGACCGAGUUGGUGGCCCUCGUGAACACCCUGGGCCGCGUCAGCCACAGCCUCGAUACGAUCCAGAAGUUCCGCCACGCAGUCAACACGGGCGAUAUGAGCGUGCUCGACAUGGCUGGCCCACUCCCGCUGUCGCAGAAGCUGUCUGUGGAUCACGAGCAGCGGGAGUCCGCCGAUGCGAGCCCCGUGGCGGGCUUUGACGAGGUCAUCGAGGGCUCGGCAGCCACCGCUGUGCCCGAGCCUGAAUCCGAUGACCUCUGGGAAGACCCCGAGACGAAACCUCGCUCCCCGACCAUUGCGGAUGAAUUCUGGGCGGAACUCGACCUGGUGUGGAGGACUUACAAAAUGGUGCUACGUUCGUGGGUCGAGCUGCCGUUCAAAUUCUUCGCCAUCCUCGUCAUGGAGUUGCAGAGGCUGUGGAACUAUUGGCUGGGAUUGCCCGUGCCGGCGAGGAGUUGGGACUUUCACUUUCCGAGUCGGGAUGAAUUGUGA